UGUCAGGUCGGUAACCCGCUGAUGAACCACAGACCGUCUGUCACAUGGAGUCCGGCGCGGUCUCCGACAGUCUUUUGUAUAUCUGAUGUAAUUUCUGUCGGUUUUAUUCCGCGAGAAGCAGCUUUCAGGAAAAAAUGUUUAAUAGUUCCCACUUCCCACAAACACCUUCCGAACGGCUUCUGUCACCGACCUGUACAGUUUACCGAGGACCAGGAGUGAACUGUGAAUGGAAACGGUGACUUUAUGCCCGGGACAGUAAUGUGAUUAAGUAAGUAAAAGGACAUCAGCCCGAGACCCGGAACACAGACCCGUCCCAGACCCGACCCCGUCCCCUCCCGAGACCCGGAACACAGACCCGUCCCAGACCCGACCCCGUGCCCUCCCGAGACCCGAAACACAGACCAGACCCGACCCCGUCCCCUCCCGAGACCCGAAACACAGACCAGAGCCGACCCCGUCCCCUCCCAAAACCCGAAACACAGACCCGUCCCUGCUCCAUUUCAGACUGUCCCAGCCCAAUCCCAGACCCAUUCCAGACUGUUCCAGACUGUUCCAGACCUGUUCCAGACCUGUUCCAGACGGUCCCAGACGGUCCCAGACGGUCCCUGCCCCCCGCCGCCAUGAGGACGGCCCUGCUCCACGUGUCUCUGCCUCUGGCGCUCUGCGUCGCGCUGGCGAACACCAGCCUGUUCCAGGACGUGUCAGUGGACCUGACCUACUCGCACUACGCGGAGCCCCGGGUCGAGUCCCUGCCUGCCUUCCUGGCGCUGCCCUGCAACUGUCUGGUCAACCUGGCCUACGUCGUCCUGGGGCUGUACUGGCUGCGGCCGCCCGGCGGCGGCGGCGAGGCGCCGCGGAGCCGCUACAUGCGCGAGGUCUUCUCCCUCAUGGCGCUGCUGUACGCCCCGGUGCAGUGGACGCGCCUGGCGACCCUGCGGCGCGCCGCCGCCGUGCUGGACCAGUGGCUCACCCUGCCCAUCUUCGCCUGGGUCCCGGCGUGGAUCCACGUCAUCGAGCGCGCGCCGGGCGAGUGGCGUCACGUGGUCGCGCUGGAGGCGGCGUCCGUGCUCAGCUACGGCCUGGCGCUCGUGCACGCGCGGGGCUUCGAGGCGGCGCUGGGCGUGCACGUGGCCCUGGCGGUGUACAGAGCGGUGCGCGUGCAGGCGGCGCGCGGCGGCCGGCGCUCGCGGCGGUACCUGCUGCUGGCGCUGGCGUCCUGCUGCGGCUUCGUGGUGCUGAAGCUGCUGGAUCACCGGCUGGCCCGGUACCGGCUGUUCCGGCGCCUCACCGGACACUUCUGGUCCAAAGUCUGCGACGUGCUUCAGUUUCACUUCAGCUUCUGCUUCCUGACGGCGCUGCCCGAGAGAGCGGCGGGGAAACCGCGGUGAGGGGGAAGUCCAGCUUCAGCUUCACUACAGCUUCAGCUUCACUACAGCUUUACUACAGCUUCACCUCAGCUUCACUACAGCUUCAGCUUCACUACAGCUUCACUACAGCUUCACCUCAGCUUCACUACAGCUU